GCAGUGCUUGGAGAGUCGCACAGAUAAAAGCAGGGAGACGAAGCUGAGAGGCAGGGAGGGAGGAGGCAGAGGAGAGACAAAGGUAUGAAGGGAUGUAGCCCAGAUGGUGAACGGAGGGAUGGAAGGAACAGAAAGCGACAGCAGGAGGAGGAUUCCAUCUUCCAACAGGCAUUCCUGAGUUUAGCCAUUCUGGUCCGGGCGAUGCCAUCGCUGUGAUUUUUGUUUUUAUUAUUAUUUUUUCUUAAUCACUACGGAGAACAGGAGCAACCUGUGAAAAAGCAGGAGCCUGUUGCCUGGAUACCUCUGCUGUCGCCACAACGGCCAAAAGCCAGGACUGAAGCGAGCGUGAGCCUUUGGGUCAAAGCGCAUCUGGAUGGCCCUCUGGCUCCUCCGCUCCCUGGAUGAUCGCAUCGCAUGAUGAGGAAGGGGUCGCCACAUCACGGAGGCUUCGAGGAGCGCCAGAGAGAGAGGCUGGGUGUGUGUGAGUGGGGGGUUGGGUGGCUCCCCGUUUGGAUCAUCAUUUGUAGAAGCGGAGAACAAAGAAUUUAAAAACCAAGUUUAACGACCAAAAAAGACUGGAGGCAGUGGUUGCAGAGGACCCCAAAGCGGGGAGGGUCCAGUUCAGAGGAGCGGGCUGCUGGCCGGGUCACUUCAGCAGCUAGAGAGACGGAGCCAUGCAGAUCCAGCCGUCAGCUUCUCACUCCAAAGCCUCCAGCUUCAUCCUCAGUCAGAGAUGUAUCCUGGCUUCCAAAAUGGAAAUCCACCGUGAACAGAGCAUCUGCCAGGCACGAGCCGCUGUCAUGGUGUACGACGAUGCCAACAAGAAGUGGGUCCCUGCUGGAGGCUCCACGGGUUUCAGCAGAGUCCACAUCUAUCACCACACGGGUAACAACGCCUUCAGAGUGGUAGGACGCAAGAUCCAGGAUCAUCAGGUGGUGAUAAACUGUGCCAUUCCCAAGGGGCUGAAAUACAACCAGGCCACGCAGACCUUCCACCAGUGGCGUGAUGCUCGGCAGGUCUACGGCCUCAACUUUGGCAGUAAGGAAGACGCCAACGUGUUCGCCAGUGCCAUGAUGCAUGCACUGGAGGUGCUGAACUCCCUGGAUACAGGCCCCACGCUGCCCAGACAGGGUCCCCCGGUUCAGAAUGGCCCCUCACAGGAAGAGAUGGACCUGCAGAGAAGGCAGCUCCAGGAGCUGCAGAGACAGAAGGAGAUGGAGCGGGAGCGCCAGGAACGAGAGCGCCAGGAAAAGGAGCGGCAGGAACGAGAACGUCAGGAAAAGGAGCGUCAGGAGCGGGAGCGCCUGGAGCGGGAGACGCUGGAGCGGCAGGAACGCGAGCGCCAGGAGAGGGAGGCGCAGGCGGAGAGGGAGCGAAUGGAGCGAGAGCAGCAGGAGCGUGAAAUGAUGGAGAGAGAAAAGGCAGAGAGAGAGAGGCUGGAGAAGGAGCAGCAGGAGCAGUUGGACAGAGAGCAGCAGGACUGGGAGAGAGGGAGGCGCAUCUCCAACGCUGCGCCCCCUGCUGCCGCAGCUGCCGCCACCUCUGUCUCUGCUGAGCACCUCUCCCUCCCCGUGGGUCUGGGCCUGUCGGGGUCCCUGGAAUCGGACGCAGGCUCAGGGCCCCUCCCAGCUCAGGGGGGCUCCUCCUGUCAGCCCCAGCCCCAGGCAGACGUGGCUCAGACUCCGGCACUGACCACCCCUACCCCUCCCCCACCUCCACCCCUGCCGCCCGGCUCCACUGUGACCUCAGCAGCUGCCAGCCCCACCACCCCGGCCGGACACCCUCCUCCACCACCGGCUCCUCCUCUCCCUCCCUCUCUGACUCCAGGCGGGACGCCACCCCCUCCACCGGGUCCUCCUCCCCCUCCCGGAGCACCACCACCACCCCCGGCACCACCUCUUCCCGCGGGGCUCUUCUCUCCUGCCGAGGAUCGCCCCAUCUCUGGUCUGGCCGCCGCCCUCGCUGGAGCCAAGCUGCGCAAAGUGCCAAGGAGCGAUGACGCAGGGGCAGCUCUGGCAGCGGCCCUGUCGGGGGCCGCAGGGGCCAAAACUGAGGCCAGAGGAAAUGGGCCUUUGCCUGGAGGAGGAGGACUGAUGGAGGAGAUGAGCGCCUUACUGGCCAGGAGGAGAAGAAUCGCAGAGAAGGGCUCCUCACCUGAACCUGACCAGAGAUCAGAGGACAGUGAGAUCAACACAACCCCAAAAGUGUCAGCCUGUAGCACACCAGACAUGCCCAGGAAACCAUGGGAAAGAACGAACACCAUGAAUGGUAGCAAAUCUCCAGUGAUUGGAAGGUAAAGUUUCCCCUCAGCAGACACUCUGAUCAUCUCAUU